GUUCCUACUCCAAAAUCAAAUGUGAAGUAUGGUGAGACCAAAGUCGGCAGCAAGGCGGUAGUGGAUUGUACAACCGGAUAUGAGAUAAACGGUGCCACUGAUACGAUGAUGUGUAGACAGAACGGCACUUGGGGUCCGGAAAUCACGUGCUUUAAAACAGGAUGUACCGACCUUACAGCUAUAAACAACGGCAAAUACACUUUCUACGCCGACAAAAUCCGAAACAAAACAACGGUCACGUUGGCGUGCAACAUUGGGUACACUUUGUCCGGGGUCGACUCGUCUGUUUGCGAUGGGUCCUGGAGUAAAAUCGGGAUAUGUGAAAAAAUAAGUACAAUGGAUUCUUAACGUAAUGCGUUUAAAAAGAGUUGUCUUUGACACUUUAAAUACGACCAUUUGACAGAUGUUUUGAUACAUCCAUUCUUGCCUUUUUAUUAAGAUCGAUGCCUUAACGAUUAGGCUAAGCCACACCAUAUGUGUUAUAUUUUGUCAGGAUGUCCUACCGGAGAUUUCAUGACAAUUCCAAACGGGGCAAUCACACUUAACGCGAAAGACGUCAACGACUACGGAUCCACGGCUAUGGUUGCGUGUAACGUCGGGUACGUCUUAAUGGGAGAAUCCAUCACAACAUGUCAAGCGGAUAAGACGUGGAGUGCUCAUGGAUCGUGUCAAAAAUGCAGCACUCCAAUGGAACGUACUGGCGAUUAUCCACAUGCAGAUACCAUUUCCGGCGCUAGUGUAGGAGGACUUAUCGUCGGAAUUAUCGUUGGCGUCGGUUCGACGGUUGUCUACAUGAGGCGGAAAUCUCCUGUACCCAAAUCCGGUCCAAUAAAAGCGGAGACUGCUCAGCGUGAAGAUGAGAGUGGCCAGAUCCAAAUGACAGAUCGAAAUAAACCAAAGAACGAAAAACAACAGAAAAGCAGGGCAAAUGACGAAUCUCGUGAAGUUGUCAACCCUUCAUAUGAACCUGUAGACAUUAUUACGACGAAGUAGACGAGAACCAAUAAAAUCCUACAGCCUAUAGCAAAUAUGCGAUUCGUGGCCAUAAAAGCAUUACAACAUAUGUGUUUUGCAUGAAGAGGAAUAGGAAUAUGUUGG